CAGCCCCUUCAAAAUACGAUAAGUAUUGARUUUCGAGUUUCCGCCCGUUGUGUUCUCGUUAUUUCUGAAUCAUGUAUCCGAAGGAGCCGUUGCCAUUGCAAAUACGCAGGUCUAACAAACCCGAGGAUCCGCCGGGAAAGAUAGCAGUAAGAAGUUCUUCGAGUUCGAUGUGCGCUGCGAAAAUUGUCACGAAACGUGAUGAAAAACCAGGCGACAGCGAUAUUCCUGCGUCGCAGUGUCCCUCCCUGGAAGAAUUUAUCAGAUUAAUGCAAGCGAAAGUAUCCCACGAAAGCAACAAUGCUGUACCAGCCGCAGCCGAGUCUUCUUGCUCCGAAUCGGGGGAUUCCUCGUGCGCAGGAAAAACGGAAUCUUCGUGGAGUUCCGCCUCCAGCUUUGACGAUUCGGAGGACGGGGGAUCGGAGGCAGUGGAACCACGGCAUAUAGCACUSAUGAAAACAGCCACGGUCGAAGAGACAUCGGCAAACAGCAAUAUCAAGUACAACAAAAACCAGAAAGGGUCUAGGCUAAGAAAUAAAAAUGACUACGGUGACAAGAAAAUAAGCGGACGCUACACCAAUUACCCUUCGGAAACGAAGAAAAAUUUCUCUGAUACCAGCGCCAUGAAAAAGGGUAGCUCUCCCGCGAUUUCGAAUGCCAAAGCGACACUUGAUUUAUCGAGCGCUCUUCGGGGUUGCAAAUCCAGUGCGUCUCUGGAUCUAUCCGACGCCUGCAAGAGAUAUAGAGAAGCCGGCCCUGGCGUGUCCGGGCUUGGCGCCAGGGCUUUCCGACGCCAAGACGAUUGGGUAGGCGGCAGUGCCAACGAGUUGAACGUUCCGGAAGAACGAUGGAAGGUCAAGGCCACCGAUAGAUCUCGCUCCAAUAGAUACUUUUGAGGCGUGGCACCAGAGUGAGAUGCUACUGUGAGACGUAAGUAUCUCAAACAUCAGUCUUCCAUCUGCUCCUGCCCUUCUACCAUAAUCAGCCCAAGGACACACCCCUUUUGACAAUGCCGUGAUCGUUAGACAAUCAAAAGACGAAUAAAACAGUCCUCGGUCGGUGAAAAGCACAAAUCUAUCAGUUCCAGACUAUUGUCUCGAAAAGAUCAACUAAAGUGAUUCUAGUGAU